AUGAGCCAGCCAACCGCCGCACCCCCGACCUCCGCAAGCAAUGCCGUCCUGGUGGAGUCUCAACCGAUUCCCGAAGGAACAAACACAGUCAGCGGAAUUGACUUUGAUAAGUUUCAGGGUCGAGAUAUCACUGUGGCCGAACUGGUGGAUAGUAUGACCAACACCGGUUUUCAGGCCAGUGCGGUUGCGGAGGCUGCCCGCAUCAUCAACGAUAUGCGUGCCUUCCGUGAACCUGAAACCGGCAGAAAGACCACCAUUUUCCUCGGAUAUACCUCAAAUUUGAUUUCCUCCGGUCUGCGUGACACUCUUCGUUACCUUGUGAAGCAUAACCAUGUAUCGGCCAUUGUCACUACCGCUGGUGGUGUGGAGGAAGACCUGAUUAAAUGUCUGGCUCCCACUUAUAUGGGCUCUUUCUCCACUCCAGGUGCUGGACUACGUGCCAAGGGCCUCAAUCGUAUUGGCAAUCUGCUGGUACCGAACAACAACUACUGUGCCUUUGAGGAUUGGUUGGUCCCCAUCCUCGAUCGUAUGCUAGAGGAGCAGGAGGCAGCCAAGCGGAAGGCCCAGGAGACUGGAGAUGAAGAAGACGAGCUCCACUGGACCCCGAGUCUCAUUACUGAGCGAUUGGGUCAUGAGAUCAAUAAUGAAGACUCGGUGCUGUACUGGGCCGCCAAGAACAAGAUCCCCAUCUUCUGCCCUGCCCUGACUGAUGGGUCGCUCGGAGAUAUGCUUUACUUCCACACGUACAAGUCAUCGCCGCAGCGACUCCGAGUGGAUAUCGUGGAGGAUGUGCGCCGGAUCAACACCAUGGCAGUGAAGGCUGCCCGGGCGGGUAUGAUCAUCCUGGGUGGUGGUGUGGUUAAGCAUCACAUUGCGAACGCAUGUCUGAUGCGCAAUGGUGCCGAACACGCCGUGUAUGUCAAUACCGCGCAGGAAUUCGACGGUAGUGAUGCAGGUGCCCGGCCUGACGAGGCCGUGAGCUGGGGGAAGAUCAAAAGCGACGCCAGUGCCGUCAAGGUCUACGCUGAGGCCACAGUAGCAUUUCCUCUUAUCGUUGCGGCCUCAUUUGCACGCGCAACACCACAAAACUGA